UGACGCUCCUGGGGACGAGGUUGUCAACGUUGAUGGACAAGAGCAACAGUCAGUGUCUUCAGAAGACAAAUUGUCAGAUGUUGUUAUGGAGCAAGAAUCCGCUGCAGAAGAUGCAGAAGAUAUCAGUGUAGUGAAGUGUACGCGGAAAGACGAUUGGCAAGAGUGGGAAGCGCAAGGGUGGGAGUCGGAAUGGCAACAAGAGCAAGAAUGGCAGGAUGACGAUAAUAGAGAACGUUUGGACAGCCCUCAUCGUGUCACGCGUAGUCAGAAACGACGAGAAGCCAGGUACAGAGCAAAAGAGCGAUUCAGAGAAAUGAUGCAAGCACGCAAACAGCGUGCUUAUGAUCGGGUACAGGAACGCAAAAAGUUUGCUCAAGAAGUUAAACAAGAACAGGCGAAUGCUUGCUUAGUUUGGAGAAAGAAGCGGGAUGGCGAAACUGUCAGUAUGCCUGUGGAAAAGCAAGUGGAAAAGGAACAAUCCAAGACGUGCAGUGAGGAUAACAAAGCUGUUGAAG